AUGUCAGAUCCCACUUACGACGUCAUCAUCACCGGCUGUGGGCCAUCUGGAGGUACUCCAAGCGUUCGAUGCUUGACCCGGCCCAAAGAAUCCACUUUUCAACCCCCUUGCAACUGCUGUAUGGCCACGGCAGAUCCUCAAGACAAGCUCGGACACGGUGGGCUCAGAAACUAUCGCUCCAACACCAGUGGGGUGGUCGUCAAGACUUGGCCUGAUGGUCGCAAGAGUACCAUCGUGAUUGAUUGUGGCAAAACCUGGCACGAACGCAUUGCCCUGGUCUUCCCCGAAAAUGGACUGCGGAAGAUUGAUGCUGUACUCUUGACCCACGAACAUGCCGAUGCUAUUCUGGGAGUGGGCGACUUGCGUCACUUUACGCUUUAUGGAGAGAUCCAAGAGUCCGUACCCAUCUGGCUCGAUCGAGCGACUUAUGACAUCUUUGCGACCCGAUUUCCGUACCUGAUGGGUGAUGGCAAUACGCGAAGCGCGGGCCAACAGUCAUCCUUGACGUUUCAUGUAUUCGAGUACGGUGAAACGCUCGAGAUCGCGGGAAUGAAAAUUCGACCCUUACCAGUCUUCCACGGAUCUGCCUCCAAGACCAUCAUCUCGGACGAUCCCGACAUGCCUCCUACGGUCGUCACCGAGAAGAUGGUCGCGGCGGCUUUCGAGUUUGACGACGACCAGCUGUUGUGGAUGAGCGACGUCAAUGAGAUUACGGAUCCAACUUGGGAGAUGUUGAAGUAUCCUCAACAACAACAAGUACAACCUAAGUGGAAGUCAGAGCCGGGAGCGGUGGCUAAGCGACAGAUCGAGCGCAAGAUCAAGGUCACGGACGAGGGCGAAUACGACUCCGGUCUCGACGAUGAUACCGACGACGUUCAAGUCACCACCCAGAUCGUCAAGUCUCCAGCUCGAGACUCUGAUGACGUACCAUCGAUCUCCCCGUUGGGUGUCUCCUCAACCGCCGACCACUACAAGCUAGUCAUCAUGGACGGUACCAAUCUGGAGGGUACUCGAACCCACUUUGGGAUCCCCGAAUGGAUGAGCACUGGCCUUCGCCUUCAAGCCGACAAGAUGGUCCUCGUCCAGAUCGAGCACCGUAUGAGUUACGGCGAGCUCUUCGCCCUAGGUCUCGAGAUCCAAGGUCGCAGAUCCAAGGGCCAACACGAAGAGUUCAUACAAAAGGCCAAAGCGUUGUGUUCGAAAGAACCUGGGCUUUGGGAAAAGUGCAUGGCCGAGAGGUUCUGGGUCAGACCUGGGUAUGACGGACAGCGAUUCCGGAUCGAGCCUGGUUGUCUUCCCAUAGAGACGUUACCCCAGGCCUACCUCUCCUAA